GGCUUGCAGGAGGAGAAAUAAAAUUGUGAGUGAAGAGAAAGAGAAGAGCGAAGCAGAUUGGUGAUGCCUGAGCCUGUCUGUAAUUUGGCAAGUAACCGGCGACUACAACAUGUUUUAAAAGUAACCGUGGGGAGAAUGUGCGAUUGACUCGUGGGGACAAGGGACUCAAACUAGUCUCCGUACUUUUGGUUUGGCUGACCCAGUCAAGUCAGCUGCUUCCCCUGACAAACAAACAGAUUAAUAUAUGUCCUAGACAUCUUUUUUUAUUACUUCUAUAUCUUUGUUAUCAUCAUCAUCAUCUCUUUAUUCUUGUUGAUUCACUGGUAUUGUACUUGAGAGGAAUUGAUAUAUGAAUUGAAUUGAAUUAAUAUAUGAAUUUACAUACACAUGUCCUCUCUCUGUCAAGUUUCAACUCACAGGCCUCUUGUUCAUAAUGGGAUCAUCUAUAUUUUUCAUGAUUUAACUAUGAUAUUCAAUUAGCUUUGCCUCUGCAUCUUCUCCUGUUACAUGUGCUGCUGCUGUAGCAGCUCCUUUCAUUCACAAAACCAGCCACUGGGUCUGGAUUGUUUUUGUGUGGGGGUUGACUAAUGGGUGGACUUUGCUCCAAGAGACCUCAACAAUUCACGCAUGGGAACCAUAGUCCUAGCGGUGCUUCUAAUGUGCUUUCUACCACUCAACCCUUGCCUGUUCAAGAGAAUACCGAUUCUGCGUUCUCCUCCUCCGCUCGACAAAGCGUUGAUAAUAAAUUAAGAGAGCCUUUUUCAUUCCCUAAUGUCAAUGCCAUAUCCCAUGGAAUGAAUGUGGAUGAUUACAAUGAUGGAAUACCUACAAUUUCUAGCACAUUGUCGAGCAAUUCUGGGUCAACAAUAUCUAAGCCACUUACAGGUGCCAAGGUUUCAGAAGUAGGUGGAAUUCUUGGAAGAGCUGGAACUGCUGGGUUGGGGAAGGCUGUAGAAGUUUUAGAUACACUUGGCAGCAGCAUGACAAAUUUGAACAUCAGCAGUGGUUUUGUAUCGGGCGUGGCAGCAAAGGGAAAAGAGCUUUCUAUUUUGUCUUUUGAAGUUGCAAACACUGUUGUUAAGGGUGCUAAACUUAUGCAAUCCCUUUCAGAGGAAAGCAUUAGAUAUCUCAAAGAGGUGGUACUACCUGCGGAAGGAGUGCAGCGCUUAAUAUCAAAAGAUACAGAAGAGUUGCUGAGAAUUGCUGCAUCUGACAAGAGAGAUGAGCUGAAAAUAUUUUCUAAAGAAGUGGUCCGUUUUGGAAAUAAUUGCAAGGACCCUCAGUGGCAUAACUUGGAUCGCUAUCUUGAAAGGCCGGGUUCGGAACUUACCCCUCGAAAACAGUUGAAAGAAGAGGCAGAUAUUGUGAUGCAGCGAAUGUUAGCUUUAGUCCAGUACACAGCCGAGUUAUACCAUGAGUUGCAUGCAUUGGACAGAUUUGAACAAGAAUAUCGGCAUAAACUUGAAGAGGAGAACAGCUCCAGUGCUUCUCAAAGAGGAGACAGCCUUGCAAUUUUAAAGACUGAACUGAAAAGUCAAAAAAAGCAUGUGAGAAGUCUGAAAAAGAAGUCACUUUGGAGCAAGAUACUAGAAGAGGUAAUGGAAAAGCUUGUGGACAUUGUACACUUCUUGAAUACGGAGAUUCAUAAUGUUUUUGGGAGUGCUGACGGAGAUAGACCAGCAAAAAACAACCAUCAGAAGCUAGGAUCGGCCGGCCUUGCAUUACAUUAUGCAAAUAUCAUUACACAAAUUGACACAAUGGUGGCCAGACCAAGUUUCAUUCCUCCAAAUACAAAGGAUGCUCUAUAUCAUGGAUUACCACCUAAUGUUAAGUCCGCAUUGCGUUCUAAGUUGCAGUCAUUUCACCCCAAGGAAGAGCUUACUGUUCCUUUAAUCAAAGCUGAAAUGGAGAAAACAUUGCAAUGGCUUGUUCCUAUUGCUACUAAUACUACCAAAGCUCAUCAUGGAUUUGGUUGGGUCGGUGAAUGGGCAAAUGCCAGGUCUGAGGUUGCUAAGACUCCUGGCCAGAGUGAGUUUAUUAGAAUCGAAACGCUUCACCAUGCGGAUAAAGAAAAAACCGAAUCAUAUAUUCUUGAAUUGAUUGUGUGGCUUCACCAUCUUGUCAACCAAUCAAGGGUGGAUAAUGGAGGUUUAAGAUCCCCGGUAAUAUCCCCAAUAUGGUCCCCUAAUCAGAGAACAAUUCAUAUGACACACAUACCCAGCCCUCAGUCACCGACACUAACAGCCGAGGACCAGGAGAUGCUUCAGGACGUAACCAAGAGGAAACUAACACCCGGAAUAAGUAAGAGUCAGGAAUUUGACACUGCAAAAAUUACGUUAAGUAAGCACCUCAGGCUAAGUAAGAGUAGCAGCCACCCUCCAACUUUUAAAAGCCACAAGGAUCCCUGCUCUACAAAAAGGUCCUUGCAUGCUCCCGUCAUCAACUUUGAUACUGACAAAAUCAAAGCCUUGGAUGUAAUUGACCGGGUCGACAGUAUAGGAAAUUAUGAAUCUGGGGGAUGAAGCGUAUAGGAUCUGAAGCUAGAAGGCUUUGUAUUAUAAAUAUAUGGUGAACAAAAGACGGGAACUUAUAAUUUUUGGAUGUGAAUAUAAACAAUGUUUAUAGUUA